CACCCAUGUGAUCAGAAGCAAGAGCUAUUUAAGGGAGGCCGGCGGCCGCGCCUGGAAAAUAUAUAUAUAUAUAAAUAUAAAGAGCGCCAAGCUAGCUAGCAAGCGCGCUGCGUGAAAGCCUCUCUCCUUGCUGCACAAACAUUCCCGGCAAGGCUCGCCAUGGCUGAGGCUUUCGCAGGCGUCUGGAACCUGGUCGACAGCUGCAAUUUCGACGAUUACAUGAAAGCUAUCGGCGUGGGCUUUGCCACGAGGCAGAUGGCAAACCUGACCAAACCCACCACCAUUAUUGAGGUUGACGGCAACAAGAUCACCCUCAAGACCCAGAGCACUUUCAAGAGCACGGAGAUCAAAUUCACAAUAGGAGAAGAAUUUGAUGAGACGACCGCAGAUGACAGACAUGUCAAGUCCCUUGUGACACUAGAUGGAGGGAAGCUCCUUCAUGUGCAGAAAUGGGAUGGGAAGGAGACCUCGCUAGUCCGAGAACUGAAGGACGGAAAGUUGAUUUUGACUCUGACGAUGGGCACUGUGGUCUGCACCCGUACCUAUCAAAAAGCGGAAUAAGAGCCUGUACCUGUUCUCUUGCCAAUUCAUCCAAUGCCAAACUUGUUGCCAAAUUGCCUUUGUGAUUCCCUUCCUCCCCACAAGUGUUUUUUGUAUAGUUGUUGAACCUUUUUGAAUCUGUUCAGUAUGCAACUUGAACUCUCUCACCCUGAUCUUUGGGGUUUUCUUUUCUUUCAUUGCUUUUUUUAAAAAUACUGAAGAAGUGGGCGAGGCAGAAACAAGCUAUGUGGAAGUAAUAAACUGAAAUAGCUGUGUAA